AACAACACCAAACACAUAUUUGUCUCAGAACAGCAAUAGACCACUACUCUCCUGUCAUAGAUAGACAAAUCAUUGCUUCAUCCAUACUCUUUCCUCAACCAUGAAAGUGAAAGCAUUAGGUCCCUUCAAAUGCAAGCUUGUCAAUCCAUUCAAGAAAAUACUUAGGCUUUUCAAGUUCAGACUCAGAAAGCCCCUCUUUAUAAGUAGACUUAGGUUUCGUCCUUCACUACACCAAACUGAUAGAAGGAACCCAUCUUCACAGAUUCUGUCAGUUUUUCGUUCUCUAAGAAGAAGAGGGAGAGAGGACGACCAAGUCAUGGAGCUCAAGAGUUUCUCAGAAGUAGAACAUCACAAAGCACCCUUUCCCUCACCCCUCACCCCAGCUUACGUUAGAUUGAGUACAGCCACUAAAAAAGAAACAUCAGUUCAGGAUGAUGUAGAAGAUGCAUGCACAAGCUUUGAGAAUUAUCUGGUGGAAAUGAUUGUGGAAGAAGGAAAAAUGAGGGACUUGGCGGAUGUGGAAGAAUUGUUAUACUGUUGGAAGAAUCUCAAAAGCCCCGUCUUCAUUGACCUGGUGUGCAGAUUCUAUGGAGAGCUAUGCAGGGAUUUGUUUUCGAAUAGCUAUGAGGACGACAUUAACAUUCUAAAAUCUGUAACAGCAGUAGCAAAAAGCAGCAAGCCCAACAUGCAGGGGAUUUAAAAAGUUCAUCACAUACAUUAUUUCAAUCACAUUCAUGACCACCACUACACCUUUUCCUCAAAACAGCCCCCACAGCUAAUUACUAACAACAACAAACCCAGUGUAAUCUCAUAAGUGGGGUCUGGGGAGAGCAGUGUGUACGCAGACCUUACCCCUACCUUAUAAAAAUAGAGAGGCAAGAAAAAAAUUGCAGCUUUUUUCUUC